AUGUUGGAUACGCUCGGGCACUACGUUGACUUGACCAACUUUACAACCCCAGCAAAUGUCAACAGUGGUGGCACUAAGACCGCUCUCCUAACCCAGCCAGCCCCUACUGGUACCGGCACCACAGUCUAUACGAUUACUUUCCCUUCGUCAUACAUUGUAUACAAUUCGGGAUACCUUCUUGAAGGACAAUUGUCGACCACCACUCAGCGCACGUCUACAUGUCUUCGUCCCAGCAGUUCCGGCGGAGACGAUGUUCCCUGGCCGUCGCAUCCACCGAUCUUAGAUCUCCCGAACCACCCGAAGGUUGCACAGAUAUAUCAGGAAGACCCAGCCGAGGUUGCAGAGCUUGUGCAACAAGAUCCAAAAGGAUGGGUGUUUGAUUGGGAGAAUUUGGCUUACGUAAACGAUGAGGAUUACACUGCAAACUUUUUCAAAGGUCUGUUUCCGGACGUCGGUGCUAUGUCUCAAUGCAGAGUGAUAAUGGGGAUACUCGAGGCGCCCGCGACGUAUAACAACGUAGCACUGUACUUGACUCAUACGACGUCUUCGACAGAGGGUGAUGACGAACCUACGAGUAUUGCUGAGCAGCCAAAAUCUACCCCAGCCAUCCCCACGCCCGCGAAUGGAGAUGCUGGCCCUGGAGACUCCCCAGCCAGCAUUCCAGCGGCAAACAAGCCAGGAAACGUUCCACCAAGCCCGUCACCAACUCCGUCUCCAGAACCGGAAGCCACAGCGGCGGAUAUCGUCAACCAGAGUUCUUAUCCACAUCUUGCGUCGUUCAUAAUGAACGGCCUUGGGAAGUCGAGUCCCGAGACACCGGCUCCAAAAGCUGACAACCCCACUGCGUCCGCUUCGCAACCAGAGCAACAACCAGGGCGAGAACCACAGCAACAGCCACAGCAGCAACAGCAGCAAUCGAACCAGCAACAGAAUCAGCAACAGCCACAGCAGCAACAGCAGCCACAGCAGCAAUCGAACCAGCAACAGAACCAGCAACAGAACCAACAAUCGAACCCGCAAUCGAACCAGCAGUCACCACAGCAACAGCCGCAACAACAGCCGCAACAACAGCCGCCUGUCAUCCCCUCAUUCACUAUUGGCAGCCAAACAAUCGCUGCAAACAGCCAAGGGCAAUUUGAGGUUGGGGGCCAGCAAUUGAAACCCGGUGGUGUGGUAUCAGUAUCUGGAACUCCCAUAUCCCUAGAUCAACAGGGCACAGCAGUCGAAGUAGGCACGAAUGUACAAAAGAUUGCGCCUGCAACCCCAGCGGCUCCCCAAUUUACUGUCAACGGCCAGACUGUUGCAGCGAAUUCCCAAGGCGCCUUCGUGGUUGGAGGACAAACGCUGACGCAAGGCGGUAUCGUAUCGGUCUCUGGCACGCCUGUAUCCCUUGAUCGGCAGGGCACGGCUGUUGCGGUCGGAGGAAACGUCCAGCAGCUUUCGCCGCCAUACACACCACCUUCUAUUCCUAGUUUCACAUUUGGCAGCCAGACAAUCACUGCCAAUUCUGCAGGUAAUUUCGUCGUUGGUUCCCAGACCCUGGCACCAGGUAGUGCAGUCACGGUAUCUGGAACACCGAUAUCUCUGAAUUCGCAGGCGGGGAAUGUUGUCGUUGGCGGAACGAACACGCAAGUAUUGUCACCAACCGCAGCAGCAGCUUUCAUGUUGGGUAGCCAAACUAUCACCGCAAAUCCUCAAGGCAAUUUUGUCGUAGGAAAUGGACAGAUAUUAACGCCAGGCGGUGCCGCUACUGUGUCCGGUACGCCAAUAUCUCUAGAUGCGAAGGGCAGUAAUGUUGUGGUGGGGACGAGCACACAACUAAUAUCACAACUAUCUACACCCGCAGCGGCGGCUUUUACACUCGGCUCACAGACCAUCACUGCUAAUCCAGCUGGCAAUUUUGUGGUCGGGAGUCAGACGCUGACGAAGGGAGGUGCAGUCACUGUGUCUGGCACGCCCGUGUCUUUGGAUUCGCAGGGAGGUAGUGUCGUGAUUGGAGGUAGUACUCAGGCGGUAAGUAAAUCCUCGCCUACUGGAAUCAGCGGAAGCGCUGGUGCCGGAGGAAGUGGGGGUGGGAACGGAGGUGCAGGUAAUGGCACGACGUUUUUCACAGGUAAUGCGGUGCGGACUAGUAGCAAAGGGAUUACAUGGGUGACAGCUUACCUCUGCUUUAUUGGGGUCUGGGCCUGGAGAUAA